AUGAAAAGCUUUUUACUUCAGGUCCACGUCUCACGACGUCCUCUCGGUUCUGCGUACUGGACUCCGCAUACGUUACGGAAUGUGCCGUUGGGUUGUGACUGUAUGUGGCCAAUUGACCGGUACGGUCAUCAGGAGUUGUAG